AUGCAAAGGCAAAAGGGUGCUUUUCAUUCCUUCUCUGAAACUAUUGACACCGAUCAAGGAUCUGUUUCAGAAGAUACCAGUAUGAGUCAGCAAACUUCUCUCGGUAACAUGCUGAAUCCAGUAGAUAGCAGAUUGUCAAAUAAUGCUUUAUCUUCUGGCAAUGCAUCGUGUUCAAAUGCUAUGACUCAUGACGUCCAGAGCUUUAGUAGCUGGAAUUCAGGUGAAUCUAGCUCAAGGUUAAGCAUGCAGAAUCAGGUGAAUGACGAUGGGAUAAAAAUGGAAGAAAGGUGGUCUUCUUCAGUCAAUGCUUAUCCUGCACUUGGUCAAAGAUUUGAAACAACUAACAUCCUUUUUCCAGGCAGAGUCAAUGUGGGGAUCAGUGGCAAUCAGGUUAGGAGUGGACCUUUGUUCUUGCAGGGCUCCAGCUCUAAUCAUAUCCCACCAAAUGUAAAUCCAAAUGCUGUUCAUAUUGGAGACACCUUUAAUGGCAGGCCCAGUACAGGAGACAGAGCUGUCUUAGGCCUUAAUCAUCUCAACCCUGAUGGAUUAGAAAUAGAGCGGGCAUCUUCUUCUGCUGUUUCUUCUUCUGAUGUUGGUACUUCAUCUGGAAGUUCUGGUUAUAUAGUAGAGGAGACAAAUGGCAGUUCAGGAUCUUCUCUGGGGGUUGGGGCUUAUCCUGCAAGAGAAAGGCCCUUGAAGUUGAACCCGAGAUUUGGUUAUGGAUUGAGAGGAGUGCCUUCUGAUGCGUUUCCUUCAUCAAAUGUUAGUGGAAAUGCAGAUCCUCUGAGAAAUUUUGGUAGGAGGACAAGUCCGGGACUUCAACAGGAAUCUGCUGCUUUCAGUUUAUCAACAACAGGAGGUUCCAGGCGUUGGUCCUUGCAGCAUCCUCCCAGACCUGUCUCUGUUAGUGACUAUCUGGAAUCAAGAUCAAUAGAACCUGCAAAUUCAAGUGGCACUCAGGGCCUGCCUCAUGCCAUCAACCCUUCUGCUUUAUCAAGAAGCAUGCUUCGUUGGAAUGAUUUUUCAACUUCAAGGGUUGGAAAUUCGUCAAGUUCCCUUAUUCCUGGUGAGCUAGAUGCUGCAUUAAGAGAGGAAGCAAACUUAAGAAGCUUUCAGAGAAAUAAUGCAGAGCAUCCAAUGUUUGCACCUGCAACUGAAAUGAGAAGCAUGGUACAAGAUCCAACACGCUGGAGUUUGGCCACUGGGAACACGAGUACCUCAGGUACUACUGUUUCUUCUACUAGAAUUGGCCCCACUUCAAGUGUCCAUCCUUUGCCCACUCCUGGAUGGAUUCAUCGCAACCCCACAACACAUAAUCAGCAAAGAUUUUCAGAAUUUUCUACUUGGUCUCUGUUCCCGCCUAUGGACUCAGAAUCUGGAGGUCACAGUGGUCAUUUUCCCCCAUUGUCUUCUGGCCCUUCUUCUGCACAGGACACAGCUCUUUCUUCUGGAUCUAGUAGCCAGGGACAUAAUCCACCAUUUCCAAGGUCAGCACUUCUCAUGGAAGAACAAAGUGAUGAUGUUCUUGGUAUGCCCCGUUCAUUGAGGGCUUUAGCUGCUGAUAUUGAAGGGAGACAUCGGCUAAUAUCUGAGAUCCGUCAAGUAUUGAAUGCCAUGCGCAGGGGUGAAAACCUUCGAGUUGAGGAUUACAUGCUUUUUGACCCGUUGAUCUAUCAUGGGAUGGCUGAAAUGCAUGAUCGGCAUAGAGAUAUGCGCCUCGAUGUUGAUAACAUGUCUUAUGAGGAAUUGUUGGCAUUGGAAGAACGCAUAGGAGAUGUGAGCACUGGACUAAGUGAGGAAACCAUUUUGAAAUUAAUGAAACAGAAAAAACAUGUGCCCAUUAGCACAGAAUCCCCAGCAGAUUUGGAGCCUUGCUGUAUCUGUCAGGAAGAAUAUGUGGAUGGGGAUGAUAUGGGAAUAAUCGAUUGUGGACAUGACUUUCAUAUCAACUGCGUCAAACAGUGGCUAAUGCAGAAAAAUCUUUGCCCCGUUUGUAAGAUGACAGCCCUGCUCACUUGA